GCACUGGCCGUGUCAAGUGGAAUACAGGAAAGAGGCGGAGACCCCGCAUUUCCUCUCGACUUUCUCUCCAUCUCUUCCCCAUUCGCACCAAGCUCUAAAUCUCUCGGCUUUGAAAUAUAACCUGGAGAUACACGAGCUUCACAAGAAGGAAGUUUGUGCUUUUGGGUCUCUGAGAAAUGGUGAGAAGGAGGUUCUGGUGGGCGGUCUCCUCGUUCCUGGUGUUGCUCUUCUUGCUCCGUCGGAGUACUGUCGGUGCGCAGAAACCCGGGGCUUCUUCAUGGCAAACCUUGACUGGUGAUGCCCCUGUUGUGAUAGCCAAUGGUGGCUUUUCUGGUUUAUUUCCUGGCUCUAGUUCAGAUGCUUUCAGUUUUGCUCUGAUAGCAAGUUCGGCAGAUACAAUAUUAUGGUGUGAUGUGAGACUAACGAAGGACGGUGUUGGGGUUUGUCUACAAAACUUGAAGCUAGAUAAUUGUACUAACAUUGCAACCAUUUAUCCUAAAGGAAAGAAAAACCAUAUUGUCAAUGGAGUGCCGAACUCGGGGUGGUUUUCUGUGGAUUUUACCAUUAAAGAUUUAUCACAAGUUUCUUGUAAAAAACUUGGAAUUUAUUCUGCAUGAUUUUCAACUUUUUUACAACGAACAGAUAAAUUUGAUUUCAACUUUUAUCCUAUCCUUUCUGUUGGGGAUGUGAAAAAACAAGUUGAUGGAUCAACAUUAUGGCUUAAUGUACAGAAUGAUAUUUUCUACAGGCAGUUUAACUUAAGCAUGAGAAGCUAUGUUCUGUCUGUGUCAAAGAGUGUUAUAGUGAACUAUAUCUCUUCUCCUGAAGUUGAUUUCCUUAGAAGCAUUGUGACAAGGUUUCAAAAGUCCAAGACUAAGCUGGUUUUCUGUUUUCUCGGAGAAGAUGUUAUUGAACCUUCUACAAACCAGACCUAUGGAACAUUGCUAAAAAAUCUUACCUUCAUCAAGUCUUUUGCAUCUGGCAUUCUUGUUCCUAAACAUUAUAUUUGGCCAAUAACAUCUGAUGGAUAUUUAGAAAAUCAUGCCACCUCUAUUGUCACUGAUGCUCACAAGGAGAGGUUGGAAAUCUAUGCAAGAGAUUUUGUCAAUGAUGUUGUUAUUGCAUACAAUUACAGUUAUGAUCCUUUGGCUGAAUAUCUUUCUUUUAUUGACAAUGGUGAAUUCUCUGUUGAUGGUUUUCUAACAGACUUCCCGGUAACUCCGUCAGAAGCAAUAGGUUGCUUUUCUCACAUCAACAAAAGUAGCUCAGACCAUGGCAAACCUAUCAUUCUUUCACACAACGGAGCAAGUGGAGACUACCCAGACUGCACAGAUCUUGCUUACAAUAAAGCAGUCAAUGAUGGAGCAGAUAUUAUUGACUGUCCUGUCCAAGUAACACAGGAUGGAGUUCUCAUAUGCAUGAGUUCUAUUGACCUAAUGGACGGCACUAAUGUCGGGCGAUCCUCCUUUAGAUCUCGUAUUUCUACUAUUCCAGAACUUCAAAACGCUGCUGGAAUAUUCACUUUUAAUCUCACCUUGGAAGAGAUAAAGAACUUGAGGCCCUCCAUAUCAAAUCCAGAAAUCUCAUAUGCAUCAAUGGUGCGGAACCCACGAUACAAGUCUGCUGGAAAUUUCAUGACAUUAUCUAGCUUUUUGUCCUUUGCCAAAGACAAAGCACUCUCCGGAAUCCUUAUUAAUAUAGAGAAUGCAGCAUUUCUUGCUGAAAAAGUAGGGAUUAGCGUGACUGAUGGUGUCAUUUCUGCUUUAGCGGAUACUGGUUAUAACAACCAAAGUUCCCUCGAAGUCAUAAUUCAAUCUAGUAAUAGCUCAGUUUUGGUUAAGAUGAGGCAGCAAACAAAGUACAAGCUCAUGUACAUGAUUGAUGAGUCCAUUCAGGAUGCUACAGCUUCUUCAGUUGAAGACAUCAAGAAGUUUGCAGAUUCUGUGGCUGUGAGCAAGAUAUCCAUCUACCCUGAAACUCGGUUUUUCAUCGUAAAUGAGACGAAUAUCGUAAAAAGUUUACAAAAUGCUGGGCUGGAAGUGUUUGUAUAUGUUAUGCAGAAUGAGUUUGUUUCUCAAGCAUGGGACUUCUUCUCAGAUCCAUAUGUGGAAAUAAAUUCAUAUGUACUGGAAGCUUUGGUGGAUGGAAUCAUCACUGACUUCCCUUCUACAGCAAGAGCAUACAAGCGAAAUUCUUGUAGGAAUUUAGGGAAGAACAUGCCAAACUAUAUGCAGCCUGUUCAAAUUGGGGGUUUAAAACAGCUUAUCACCGCACCGGCACAACCACCAAUUCUAUCUCCACUGCCGGUUCUUCAAGACUCGGAUGUAAUCGAGCCGCCUUUGCCACAUGUUAGUCCUGUAAAUCCCUCAACACCAACUCCAAAUCAAGGGAAUGCUUCAGCUCCAGCUGCAGUACCUUCAAAAGGCUCAAUAUUAACUCCUCUUGCAUCAAUGGUGGUUUCCAUAUUGAUGAUUAUUGAAUCUCUCCUGUUCUUCUGAGUUUGAUUUUGGUCUAUGAAGUUUGGAGCUUGGCAUCUUGAGGUGCUAUCAAGUCCCUUGAUUCAAAAAAUUCUUUCUGUAUCAAUAUUGCUUGCAGUGUUUGGUUGUUCAUAUUAUGCCAGAGUUGAAAUCCUUGAAACUUUGAAGGUGGAAGGCUGUCAUCUUUAGUUUUUCAAAUGCAUAUAUUUCAUGAAAUUGGAGUGCAUUUAUUUAUAAACCUUUA